AUGUCAUUUCUCGGUGGUGCCGAGUGCUCGACGGCGGGCAAUCCGCUCAGUCAGUUCACGAAGCACGUCCAAGACGACAAGAGCCUGCAGCAUGACAGGCUCGCUGGCCGAGGGCCGAAUGCUGCCGCCGGAGGCUUCAGGAGCAUGGGUCACAAUGCCCCGCAGGAUGAGAUGGUCAACGGAUUUCUCCAACACGCGCCAGGUCUCCCAGAGAUCGGGCUCGACCCCAGUCACAGCGUGCACCUCCAUGCCCAAACUGGCUCGCCCAUGUCCCCCGCCUGGGCGCCGCCCGACACCCAGGCUGCCAUGGAAGCUGCCUUCAACGUACCGCCAGGAACCCAGUUCAGCCCGGAAGAAUUCGCCAAAUUCCAGCAGAUGAACGGCUCCGCACCGUCUGUAGCCCGCGGUAGCCCCAUGCCUGGAGCUAGCGCCACCGUCCUGGGCCAACCCCAGAGCCCUAUGAUGAUGGGCGGCGGCAUGAGCUACGGCAUGGUGUCGCGCCCUAUGUUCCAGCCCAUGUAUGGGCCGCAGUUGCACAUGGCCCAGCCGCUGACGCAACAGCAGAGCGUUGGCAAGGGAAAGGGCAAAGAGGUGGUCGAGCUGGACGAGAACAAAUGGGAAGAGCAGUUCAAGCAGAUGGAGCUGCACGACCGCCAGCUGCGCGAGCAGCUGGACGAGGAGGCACGGUCCAUGGAGCCUGAGCUCAACAAAAUGGACGAGAAGCUGCUGCACUCCGAGACCGGCUACGGCGACCUCGAGUCGAUCUGGCGCGGCAUCCAGGCCGAGCGGGAGGCCAUGGAGGAGUUAGACGACGUUGAGGACAGUUUCGCCAAGUUCGACAGCUCGAAUUUUGGCGGGGACGGCCUCAACGACUGGUCGCUGAACAGCCGUUACGGCACAGACCCCAUCGCGCAAGAAUACCUCUUCGAAGAGGAGAACCUCUUCCAAGACCAACCCAACCCCUUUGAGGAGGGUGUCCGCAUAAUGAACGAGGGCGGCAACCUUUCGCUGGCCGCUCUCGCCUUCGAAGCGGCUGUGCAGAAGAACCCCGACCAUGCUGAGGCCUGGGUUUACCUCGGGAGCGCCCAAGCCCAGAAUGAGAAAGAAGAAGCCGCCAUCCGCGCGCUCGAGCAUGCCCUCAAGCUCGACCCCAACAACCUCGCCGCCCUCAUGGCCCUCGCGGUAUCCUACACCAAUGAAGGCUACGACAGCACCGCCUACCGCACCCUAGAGCGCUGGCUCUCGGUCAAGUACCCCCAAAUCAUCGCCCCCACCGAGCUCUCCUCGGCCGCCGAUAUGGGCUUCACAGACCGUGCCCAGCUCCACAGGCGCGUGACCGACCUCUUCCUUGCCGCGGCCCGCCUCGCCCCGGAUGGCGACCACAUGGACCCGGACGUGCAGGUCGGCUUGGGCGUGCUCUUCUACGGCGCCGAGGAAUACGACAAGGCGGUCGACUGCUUCCAGGCGGCGCUGCACAGCUCCGAGCUGGGCACGUCGAACCAGCGCGAGCAGAUCCACCUGCUGUGGAACCGCCUGGGCGCAACGCUGGCCAACUCGGGCCGCUCCGAGGAGGCCAUCGCCGCCUACGAGAAGGCGCUCGCGAUCAAGCCCAACUUUGUCCGCGCCCGCUACAACCUCGGCGUCUCGUGCAUUAACAUAGGCUGCCACGCCGAGGCCGCCGGCCAUCUGCUCGCUUCGCUGGACAUGCAUAAGAGCGUGGAGAAAAGCGGGCGCGAGAAGGCGAGGGAGCUGCUGGGCGGCGACGCCGCCGGCCCUGGCCUGGACGCUAGAAUCGAGGCCAUGACCACCCAGAACCGGAGCACCACGCUUUACGAUACGCUGAGACGCGUGUUUACGCAAAUGGGCAGGAGAGACCUCGCGGAGAAGGUCGUGGUGGGCGUCGACCCGGAGAUUUUCAGGGGCGAGUUUGACUUUUGACGGGGCCGGUGAUGGUGACCCGGGGCAGAAACAUGAUCAUAAAGGGAAGCGGGUCUGGCAUUUGAGCGGUUCUGGGAGGCUAUGGGAGAGGCGCGUGGUUUUCUGAUUCUGCCCUUCUCUUUCGGCGGCUUUCUCACGAGUCACUAUCACUGGUAUCUGGUGACUGGACGUACUGUCAAUCUCAUGCGGAAUAGGAUACGUGUGUAUAAAAGGGGAUGCAUCGGAUCUGCGAUGGUCAAUAUUUGGAAGAGUGGUCGGCAGUGUCAGCCAAUUUCACCAAACUGGCUUCAGCGGCAGCUCGAUGUUCAUGCUGCCAAUCUGUAAAUACCAGGAAUCGCGGCUUAGAUGGGACGGACAUCGCGGCCUAACCAGCGAUAAAGACAGCGGAAUGAAAUGAAAGCGGUAAAU